AUUUCAAAACCACUUCACCAUGCUCGGUGCUUGAUCGAUAAAGAGUAAGCUUUUAACCCCCUCUUUCAUCGAUCAUACCCCUUCGAAGAUGAAACGGCACUGGGCUCCGACGGCGUUAAGACAUAGCGUCCGGUCUUGAUGGAUAUGCCUCUUUGCGGCAGGCCUAGAAAACCUCGCCCACUGAGAUAUUGCUCGAGAAUCGCUAUUUGUAUCCAGCAACCUCUUGGCUUGAUGCUAACUGGCGAUAACAGCAGCCGAUGUUCUGUCGCAAUCUAUCUUCAACCAUGCUGUAUCUCUAAGCUCUUAGAAGCGCUUCUACGAUUGGCAUUCCUUGGCCAAACACAAAUGGCUCAGAUAAAGAGGUACCUACAUCAGUAGUUUUGUGCUAGUGCGGAGCCUUCAACCAUAGACUUGAAUUAAUAUUAUAGGGGUCAAUUCUGGAUCGAUCACCUCCCAAUCCACCUGGGCA